AUGUUUGAUACUCUUGGACUCAUUUGCAUGAUUUGGUGGUGUAUGAUGCUAUUUCAUCCCUUGCAUGCUGAUAUCCAGUGUAUGGAGUCGGAGGCACAAAAAUCACCUAUUACAAAUGUGAAAAUGAAUUGGAGAAAAAUGGAACUGUCCUGGGAGAGUGGCAAGAAUUUCUCUAAGUACAAAUGUACCAUCAUGGACAAGGACAUGGAAAGUAUACGGAAAGAGGUGAACAGUCCACUAUGCAGGUUUCCAAUAGAACAAUACAUACCUCUGCACAAAGGGGUAGACUUUAUCAUUGAAGUGCCGAACACAAACAUCUCAAAAAAGUGCAACUUUAUCCCUGGAGGCAUGAAUGGGUCAGCCGUUGAAAACUUCUCCUGUGUGAUAUAUAACAUUUCUCUCAUGAACUGCACUUGGCAGGCAGGCAGGGAUGCUCCAGGAGAUACACAGUAUUUUCUCUACUGGCAGAACUCUAGAAAGAACAAGGAGAUGGAAUGUGAGCUUUACAUGAAAGAUGAAAAUGGCAGAAACACGGGAUGUAGAUUCCAAAAUGUGAAGAUAGAUACUGAACAUGCUUACUUCCUCGUGAAUGGGUCUAGCAAAGAAUCCCUGAUCAGGUUCUAUGAUGAGUACAUUCAACUGUAUGAAAUUGAAAUACUCACUUGGCCAUUAAAUGUCACUGUCAAUUGUAAUACAGAUUCAGUGGGUUGCAUAAUUACAUGGCAACCACCCCUUACAAGUCAUGUGGAAAAAGUCAAGUGCUUUCAGUAUGAAAUUAAAAUACAAAAUAAG